CUUCUCCAAAAUGGCCAAGUACUCGGGCAAGAAAUGCCGGCUGCUCUCGAUGAUGUGGCUGACGGCGUUCUUCUUCUUUGUGGAGAUCAUAGUGGGUUAUGUUACCAAUUCGAUGGCCCUGGUGGCGGAUAGUUUCCACAUGUUGGGCGACAUCGCCGCCCUGGUCAUAUCUUUUCUGUCUGUGAAGAUGUCACCGAAAAAGUGGUCGAAGAACACUUUCGGCUGGGCCAGGGCUGAGGUUUUGGGUGCUUUGGUCAACGCUGUUUUCCUGGUGGCCCUGUGCUUCAGCAUCACCAUCGAGGCCUGCAAGAGAUUUAUUGAAGAGGAACCGAUUCACGAGCCUGAACUGUUGGUUAUCGUGGGAGCUCUAGGACUCCUGGUGAAUGUGAUUGGACUGUGUUUGCUUUACGAGCACGGCGGUCACCAUGGACACUCGCAUGGCGCCGGACUUACCCGCAACCACAGCCGCCUCACAGAGCUGGCCAACAUGGACGAGGGCGAGGAUGAGCAGAACGAAUUUGCCUACGAGAAGCAAAAGGAGAAGCCGCCGGUAAAGAAGUCCAGCCAUGGACACAGCCACGAUCCCGGCCAGAUGAACAUGCGCGGUGCCUUCCUGCACGUUUUGAGCGAUGCCCUCGGCAGCAUCAUUGUGGUGAUCAGUGCUGUGGUGGUGUGGAAGACAGAGUGGAAGUACCGAUUCUAUAUGGAUCCCGCUCUGUCCAUCGUAUUGGUUGUGCUGAUCCUGCACUCCGUGUGGCCGCUGCUGCGCGAGUCCGCCUUGAUCCUGCUGCAGACGGUGCCCACGCACAUCCAAGUCGAUGCCAUUCAGAAGAGGCUUCUGGAGAAAGUUGAUGGCGUGCUGGCUGUGCACGAGUUCCAUGUGUGGCAGCUGGCCGGCGAUCGCAUCAUCGCCUCAGCCCAUAUAAGGUGCCGCAAUCUGUCGGAGUACAUGAAGAUUGCCGAGAAGGUAAAGGAGUUCUUCCACAACGAGGGUAUCCACUCCACCACCAUCCAGCCGGAGUUCAGCGAGAUCGAGGGCUGCAACAUGUCCGACGGCACAUCCAGCAUCAACAUGAGCGGCUCCGAUUGCUGCGCCCUGGACUGCCCCACCACGGAUGAGGGAUGUGUCAAGGCCACAUGCUGCCAGAACAACAACAAAUUGAACCCACUGCCCUCACCCACCAACUCGCCGUAUCUGUGCCGCCAGCGAAAUGCCGCCCGACAGGCCGGCGAUGUGGAGGCCGGUUCUCUGCUGGAGGCCGCGUCCAAUGGCAACCAGGGAGCCACUGGCGGCGCCACCGCUGGAGCGCCUGCGGUUGCGAUAGGGGCGACGUCAACGCCGAAGAGCGAUUUGGUUUGACGACAGCCACAGCAGGCGCAACAACAUGUACACUUUGCCACGACCAAAACGGAAACCACAACCGCAACAACAACGGCAGUCACAACAGCCACAACAGCAGCAGCAGCAACAUCAAUACGUGAUAUAAUGUACGAGCCAAGCGCCAACAACCAAGUGGCUUCCAGCGCACAGGUGGACGGCAAUAUCGGCCUGUCGGUGACCGCCCAGCGGCGACGGGAGCUUCAGUUGCAGGCCGAACAGCAGUAUCAGGAGCAGGUGUCACCUUUGAGCACCAGGAAUGGUGAUGAGGUGGCCCUCUAAUUAGGAGUCUAGUUUAACGUUAAUUAUGCAAACCGCUGCAAUGGAGACUGGUCUGCCAUGGUGCAGCGUUCGUGUUUUAGUGUUUGUAUCAUUAUUUGUUCUUAGUGGAAUUUAGGAAUUUAAAUGAGAGUGGCCUGACCCUGACCACUGAGCUAGUUUAAUUAAAGUAAAAUCAAAAAAGAAAAAAAACACGAUUAUCUAAUAGUUCUGAGGACACAAAGUUUAAAGGAAGAACAUGCAGUUUAUGAAUAUGUCAUUCAUAUACUAUAUAGUAUGUUAAAUCUAUUCGAUUGUAGUUAAUUGCAUUAGUUUAUAAGUCGAUAAGUGAGCCCAACCAACAGAGAAUACAUAUGUACUACGUUUUUUACAUUUUGAGAAAGUUUAUAUAUACGUGAAAUAAAUUAUUGUAUUCAAUAGUUACCUACGGAUUAGCAAAUGACUAAACACAGUUUACAAAAUACAUAGUUAUAUACGCAUGUAUGUUUGUGAAUGGUUAGGCAUAGUCCCUUAAUCUUAGUAGUUGUAACGCUAUAUGUAAAAAAAUGUUUUUACCACAACCGAGAAACUAGUUUAUAUAUUUAAUUUUAACCGUACCGAACUUUAAAGUGACUAUACAUUUGUAAUGCAAACAUAAUGUAUUAUUUUAUGAUCUGCAUUCAUUUUUUUCACCUGUAUUUGUUUGUAAAUAAACGCCAAACAUAAUCAGUCCAA